CAUAUUUCGUGGAGGAAUGCGCUGCAGGAGAGCGGCAUUGAGCCGGUUUACAGUCAUUUGAAACACCCUGUGCUCUGUUUAACCGCACAAAAAAACAAAACAGCCAUAGACUGACAAACAUCAUGAAUGUCUUUAGACUGACCGGAGAUCUGUCUCAUUUAGCUGCCAUCAUCAUCCUGCUGCUCAAGAUAUGGAAGAGCAGGUCCUGCGCAGGGAUCUCUGGGAAGAGCCAAAUACUCUUCGCCUUGGUUUUCACCACAAGAUACCUGGAUCUCCUAACGUCCUUCAUCUCUCUUUAUAACACAUCCAUGAAGAUUAUCUACGUUGGAUGUGCCUAUGCCACCGUAUACCUGAUCUAUGUCAAAUUCAGAGCAACCUAUGAUGGAAACCAUGACACUUUUAGAGUGGAGUUCCUAGUGGUUCCAGUGGGAGGCCUUUCCUUUCUGGUCAACCACGACUUCUCUCCAUUGGAGAUCAUGUGGACCUUUUCCAUCUAUCUUGAGUCAGUGGCCAUCCUGCCUCAACUCUUUAUGAUUAGUAAGACCGGCGAGGCUGAGACCAUCACCACCCACUAUCUGUUCUGUCUGGGGGUCUACCGUGCCCUUUACCUCUUCAACUGGAUCUGGAGGUUCUACUUUGAGGGUUUCUUUGACAUGAUCGCUAUCGUGGCUGGGGUUGUCCAGACUAUUCUAUAUUGUGACUUCUUCUACCUUUACGUCACAAAAGUUUUGAAAGGAAAGAAGCUGAGUCUACCAGCUUAAGUGCCAAAGAACUGUGUCUCUAUCAGACUUAUAGAGGGGCACAGGCCAAUGAUGCCACUGCAAGAUGCCCAAGACAGAACGCAUAACGCCAGCUCAAUCACUGAUUUCCUCUCCACCUGGACAGCAUCAACCAUCCCCUUACAGAAACGAGGACGUUUUUGCAAACUGUUCUUCUGUCUUUAGCAUCUUGCGAUUUAGUUUUUUUUUUUUUUUAUUGUUAUAAAAAAAGAAAAAGAAGAAAAAACUUUUCUAUAUGCAAGGUGUAUUGAAAAGAUUGAAUGGUGCAUUGUACACAUUAACUCCAGUUAUUAAUUAAAUCAUUGUAAAUUUGUCCAAGAUUAGAAAUGAGAAUGUUGAAUAAGUUUAUGGUUUCUUCAUAAUUUAAGAGGAAAAAAUGAAAUUUGUAUGUUCAAAAAUUCAAAUGAUUACAUCCCACCCCCUUUUUCCCAUGUACAUGUGGCCAUAUAGCUCUUUUCCUUCAAUAAGUGAUUUAGCCACCAGUAAGUUUUCAAAAAGAAAACCCUCUAUCAGAAAUUUAGUUUUUCAUUUGUUCACAAAAAUGCCUUAUGUUUAUUUCAGAUUAUGUACAUAACCAUUUGUGUUGAUGCCCCCAUGGAAACAAGUACAGUGCUGUGGAAAAGUAUUUGCCCCAUCCUGAUUUCUUCUGUUUUUGUGUAUUUCUCAUACUAAAUUGUUAAACAAAUUCUAACAUAAAACAAAGGCAGUCUGAGUGAACACAAAAUCCAGUUUUUAAAGGAUAAUUUAAGUUAUUGAAGAAAAAAAAGUUAUCCUAUACCAACUGGGCCUGUGUGAAAAAGUAUUUGCCCCUUAGUCACUAAAUACCCAAAUCUAUGAAACUGCAUUUAUAAUGGGGUUCAGCUGGACUAGACACACCCAUGCCUGAUUACUCCCAGCCCUGUUCAAUCAAAUCAACACCUAAAUAGAACUUUUCAGGCAGUAUGAAGUUGGCUAAAAGGUCUCACCCAGUAGCGCACUAUGUCAAGGUUGAAAGUAAUUCCAGAAAUGAUGAGGAAAAAGAUGUUUGAAAUACAUCAGUCUGGGAAGGGUUACAAAGCUAUAUCAAUGAUUCUGGAAUGCCAAAGAACCAAUUGGAGAAAACUUGGCACAGUAGUUAACCUUCCCAGAAGUGGCCGACCUUCCAAAAUUCUUCCAAGAGCACAGUGAAGACUCAUCCAGGAAGUCACAAAAGCCAAAGACAACAUCCAAGGAACUGCAGGCCUCUCGCAUAAUUAAAGGUUACUGUUCAUGACUCCACUAUCAGAAAGAGACUGGCCAAAAAUGGCUGCUAGCCCGGAAGAACAUUAAGGCUUGUCUGGAUUUUGCCAAUACACACCUUGAUGAUCCUCAAACCUUUUGGGAGAAUGUUCUGUGGACUGAUGAGUUGAAAGUGGACCUGUUUGGAAGACAGGGGUCCUGUUACAUCUGGUGUAUAUCAAACACAGAAAUCCACAAAAAGAACAUCAUACCUAAGGUCAAGCUAGUGGUAGUGUGAUGGUGUGGGGAUGCUUUGCUACUUCAGGGCCAGCGUGACUUUGAGAGAAGCAUGAAUUCUGCUCUCUACCAGAAAACAACCAGCUAUUAAGUUUAAGGGGGAAGUUUUUCACAUGGGUGAUAGUUGUUGGAUAACUUUUUUUGCUUCAAUAAAAAAAAAAAAAAAUAUAUAUAUAUAUAUAUAUAUAUGUAUGUAUAUUUGAAAACUGCAUUUUGUUUUUACUCAGGUUGCCUUUUGUUUUAUAUCUCAUUUUAAGAUCUAAAAUAAUUUAGUGUAAAAAAUAUAAGAAAUCAGGAUGGGGCAAAUACUUUUCCACAGCACUGUAAACUGUAAAUAAGAGACUGUUUCAUAUUCCAUUAUCCUUCACACUUUUUUUUUUUUUUUUAGGUUGACAAUUAUCAAUGAUAUGAUGUGAUAUUACAGUAAGAUUGUUUAAAUAUUCAGUUAUUACCUGCAAACAGAUCAACUUGUUGAGUUGCAGUAAGUUAUGGUAAGGCCAUUAAAUUUUGUGGUGUGGAUACUGUCAAAGCACAUUAUGAAUGACAUGAUUUUUGUAACGUAGUAUUUUGUUUUUCCCGUUAGGUUCAACAUCCCAGGUAUUUUCCCCACUCGAGUCAUUCCAGUAGGGUUUACAGUUAUUUUUCUAGUUUUUACGUUACAGUCGCCAAUAAAUAUUUUAAGGGACAAGAUUUUGUAUGUUUAUUUUUUUACUGAAAGAUUUUACCUUAAAGAUAAAGCAUUUCCUAAAACUGUUUAUUUUUAAUUUUUUGUUUAUUAAACUGUACAUAAUUGUGUUUUUCAUUAAUUACAGAAAAAAAUUAACAUGCGUUUUUAUUAAUAUUUGUAUUAAUGUACACAUUUAUAUACACUGACUACAAUUUGUGCACAAACCAAAAAAUAUACGGUAUUGUUUUGGAGUAAAGAAUUUGAUUCUGGGGUCCAGCAGGCCACUAAGGGGUCUGUUAAAAAUUUCUAUAAAAUGUAGUUUUUAUAAUAAUUGAAUAUAAGAGUAAGCAUUUACAUAAUUUGACAUUAUUACUGUUACAUUCUUUUUUCCAAUGACUACCAAUAGAUUUCAAUUGAAUUAAAAAUGUUUUUCUUUGGGUUUAAACAUCUAAAGGUACUUAAAUACUAGGUAGAAAAAACGAAUGUGGUCAAAUAAUUUCCAGAAAAUUUAACAAUCAUUUAUUUUAGCUUUAGCACAAUGAUCAUUUAAAAGCCAAUAAUUAAAAUUUUCCAUCAA